AUGCAUACAAUAGGGGGUGAGAUGAGUAUUAACGACCCCGCUCUGAUCUGGUUCAUUACACUGGCUACAUGGCGCUACUUUCGACUCUUCGUUAACCUCUACUCCUUCUGGCGAUACAAACCAGCAAGUCUUCCUACGAUUAGAACUAUAGGCCCGAAAGAUGUAAUAAUAAUUCUACCUACUAUCUCAGUCUCAGAGUCAGAUAAUCCUGACUUUAAAGAAUGUCUUACGACCUGUCUAGUUAAUAAACUCGCGAGGCUUAUUAUUAUUACUAAUACGGAUUUCAAAGCUACAGAAGUCAAUAAACAGUUAUUUAGUAUCCGUAACAAGAUCCAAAGAGGCUCGUCUAGCUUUUUAAGUGAACUUGGUCUAACUAACAUUUCCGGAGUCGAUAUUCGAGUCAUAUACACUCGCCUAGUCAUGUUCCUUAAUAAUUAUAUGUUUCUGCCACGUUUAUUCUUAGACUCUAUCAUACCUGUUUUCGAAAAUCCAUGCAAUAUUAUGGGAGUACUCUAUCUGGAACGACAUAACUUCGAGAUCCGAGCCACUAAUGCCAGAGAUAGAGGAGUCUUUAUUAUCUCAGGACAAGUAAUGGUUAUUCUAUCUGAGAUUAUCCAAGAUAAUAACUUCCAUAAAGCAUUUACUAACGAACAUUUCUUCUUUGGCUUAUUCGUUUUACGCCAUCCACAGAACUAUGAGAUAAAGAUCCAAUAUACUAAUAGUGCCACGGUAGAGACGAUACUCGGCCAGUAUCCAAAGUUCCUACGGCGCACUCCGUGGACCAUAUGGAUAACCUAUAUCCCAAGCUUGUUUAACUUAGCACUUUUCUGGGAUAGAGGGAUACUCUAUACUCUUACCAAGACCAACUUCUAUUCGGAAUCAAGAAACCGGAUACUGCUUCUAUUAUGCUUUAGAGGUUGGAUCUAUCUCACUAAGCUAGUCAAACUAAUACCGUAUUUUUGGCGUUACCCUACGGAUUUCUUCCUGUUCUUCUUUCUAAUCCCGGCCUAUCUUCUUUUUGCUUACUACUAUUCAAUCCUCAAGCUAUGGGCAGGUAUUAUAUUCUGGAACCAUAGCUAG